GAGAGUCACAUGGACAAGUGAAGGAACAACUGCAGAGUCAACAUUGGACCUUAGAGCCCCAAACUGUGCAGCAAACUGGGUGAAAACCGCCUUUUGAAGGAUAUUAUUUAACCGAGAAUCACUGACAAGACUGCUGAUUCUCUACUCUGUACAUACUGCAACCAUCAACCUCACAAUGUCAGCAGAAAGCCAGCUCAACGUCGACACUGCAGACGAGAACCAACUGGUGAAACCAAAGCUAGAGUUCCAGACGUUGCUGCAACAAGCUGGAGCCACUAAAGACACUUUCACCAUGAAGGAGGUGAUGUUCUACCUGGGUCAGUACAUCAUCCAGAAGCAGCUGUACGACCAGAAGCAGCAGCACAUCGUCCACUGCUCCCAGGAUGCACUGGGGCGAGUGCUGGGCGUCGACAGCUUCUCUGUUAAAGAGCCACGAGUUCUCUUCGCUAUGAUCACCAAGAACCUCGUGGCGAUAAAAAGCCAAGAUUCACCACCGAGCCCCAUUGAACCCCAAAGUGAGACUCGGGCAGACAAAGGGGCCGAGGAGGCAGUCUCAGGAAGCCGCUCUUCAUCACCAGAAGGGCGAGGAAGAAGAAGAAGGAGGAGCAGCGGCAGGAGCAUCGAUGCCGGACCCUCACACAGCACAGAGGGUGGUGAAGCUGAGAAAGAGGAGGAGUCAGGGGAGGAAGAUGAUGAAGAAGGAGGGAGGAAGAGGAGGAGGUCUGACAGCUACUCCCUGACGUUUGAUGAGAGUCUGUCGUGGUGUGUGAUUGGAGGAUUGGCGAAAGACAGACACAGCAGCCAAUCGUCAGACUCACACAGCACCUCUGGCAGGUCAGAGCUCACGGUUGCCGCCUCAGACUCGGACAGCGACAACUUCAGCGUGGAGUUCGAGGUCGAAUCCGUCGACUCGGAAGACUACAACGAAGACGAAGCUUCUCUGAUGUCCACAGACGACCAGGUUUACGAGGUCACCAUAUUUGAGGAUAACGACUCGUUUGAUGAAGACACAGAGAUCACUGAAGCUGAUUACUGGCGCUGUGUGAAGUGUGACGAGUUGAACCCACCUCUGCCCGGAAAAUGUCUUCGCUGCUGGACGCUGCGCCAGGAUUGGCUGUCUGAAGCGUCACUCCCCCCAAAGCCCGCCUCCUCCAGUUCCAAAGACCUGCCCACAAAGCCCACCGACCAAUCAGCAGCCAGAGAGACUCCAGGUUCAGAUGGCGAGGAGAACGAAGGAGUGGACGUCCCCGAUGGGAAAAAGUCUCAGUGCUUCUCCGACUCUUCAGCCCCAAACUCUGAGGAGCUCCUCUCUUCCUCCAAGCCGUCCUCUUCCUCGCAGCAGAACACUCCCGACUCCCAGCCUUCUUCGUCCUCCAUGGACUCCCAGGAGCUCCUCCCAUCUUCCCCCAACACUCCUCGUCCUCCUGCUGGAGUCCCUAAUCUGGAGCGCAGUGUUUCUGCAGAAUGGCGUCUUCCCGAGUCCUGCCUGGAUCCGUGUAUCAUCUGUCAGUCGCGUCCGAAGAACGGCUGCAUCGUUCACGGAAACACGGGACACCUGAUGUCCUGCUACGUGUGCGCCAGGAAGCUGAAGAACAGGAACAAGCUGUGUCCCGUGUGCAGGCUGCCCAUCCAGUCCGUCGUCUUAACCUACCUCAUCUAGAACAUCCCAGAAUAACAUCCAGCAUCUCCCGGGUUCCUUCCGCCUCAACCUUUAUGACACAGAGGUUCUGUUCAGCAGGACAGACACUACAAAGGAACGACACGACUUAACAUCCCCAAUGCUAAGCUAAAGGCGGCUAAUUCUUUCAUUCAAAUGCAUUCAAACAGGAAGUUGGAAAAAAGCUCAUUCCUGCACCACUCCAUAAAUUACCAAAUUUCAGUUGCCUUGCGUCCGUCCGUGCGCACUCUCUCGCUUUAGGUGACGAUCUAUUCAAGAAGCUGGAAUUAUUUAAUUUUUGUCAACAACCGCCUAAAAGAAACCAAAAUCUAAACCAUUUGUCAAAGUUCUGUGAUUUGUUCACUUCCUGUUUCUGUGUGAGACGCAUUGUUUCCCACUCGUGUCAUUUUUGACCGGUUUUUGUUAAUGAUCUUUUCAUUGAGAAAGUUCUUCGAAGUAUUCUAAUAGUUCAAUUUAUAAAAUAGAGAAACACUUUUUAAUGGAUGAAAAUGUGGUAUUUACUAAAGAAGACGGGAGAAAGUGCAUAUUUUGGGUUAUAAACCUUGUGUUGAGCGUCAGUGCUUAAUGAUGCUUAAACCUAAAUGUCAAUUCAAUUAUCUUUCGUUUGGAAGUUUUUCUUCCUCUUCUUUCUUCUGAAAUGUCUCGCGUUAGAAAAAGGACAUCAGGAAACUGUUGUAAUGUUAUAAUAUACGUUUCUCUGUCAAGUUUUGCUUCACUAAAUGCAUCAUUUAUUUACAACGGAGUAAAUAUACCUUAUAAAAAGUGUCCGAUUGUUUCUUAAAAAA